UGUUCUUUGUCUGCUCUGCUUCGUUCUUUUCCAUUGUUCCUUCUUUUUUACUUUUUCAAAUUUCAGUCGUUCUCAUGGUCGACUUUCUUCACAGCCUCAGACAUGAUAUCUCAGCCAUGGUGUUGCAGAGUAUUCAACACCAAGCUACUCUUACCACAUUUCUCCUGCCGUUUCUGUGCCCACCUUCUCCUCUAUGCGUGAUGAAUCAUGAUUGAAAAUAUCUAGAAGCAUUGGCACUGCAUUCCUGCUUGGAGCAAUACUAGUACUUCUCCCAACAUGGUCCUGGGGUUGAGGACAAAGAGCAAAAAAGGUGCUUCAGUUCAGGUCGACUACCUUGUCCAUGUCCAGGAAAUUAAACCAUGGCCUCCAUCACAGUCUCUUGGAUCCCUUUGGUCUGUACUUCUUCAAUGGGAAAAUGGUGACCGGAAUUCUGGAUCAACUGGCCCUGUAGUCCCCUCCUUUGGGUCUGGUGCUGGGGAUGGGAAAAUUGAAUUUAACGAGUCUUUUAGGCUUAUAGCUACUCUAUCCAGGGAAGCACCCGCAAAAGGUGUAGAUGCUGAGACAUUCCAGAAGAACUACUUGGAGUUCAGCUUAUAUGAACCACGAAGGGAUAAGACAGUGAGAGGUAAGCUGUUGGGAACUGUCAUAAUAGACCUGGCAGAGUAUGGGAUUGUCCAUGAAGCUGUAAAUAUUGGUGCUCCAAUGAAUUGCAAGAGAAGCUUCCGAAACACAGCUCAGCCAGUUUUGUUUGUUAGAAUCCAGCCAUUUGACAAGGAUAAUUCCAGCUCAUUACUGAGGGAAAUCCUGUUGAAAGAAUCAGCACUGGACAAGGAUGGGAAGGAAUCGAUUUCUACUCUGAUGAGUGAAGAAUAUUCUGAGGAAGUUGAGAUUGCAUCUUUUACUGAUGAUGAUGUUUCAUCUCAUUCAUCCUUUAGUGUUCCUUCAUCUGCUGCUGUUGAGGCUGCUGGAGGUUCUCCACCUCAAAAUUUGGAGGUACCUGAAAAAUCAGAGGAGAAGCCAUUGACUUUUUUACACAAGAAUCUGAAUGGGAGUUCUUGUUCAUCAUCAAUUGAUCUGUUCUCUGAUCCAGGGAGCCCAGAAAAUGAUCAUGCUUCCUCUUCCAACUUUGCUAGGACUAGCUUAACAUCCAUCCCAAAAAAAUCUGUUACCCAUAGUGUUCAGUCAUGUUCUUCAUCCGUUGCUUAUGAAGGCACACAGGAAGAGCUUAGACCUAGCAAUGAUACAAGAAACUAUGGCAACAAUGAUUCGACCCAGGAGGGGUUUCAUGAAAAAUCUGGUAGUGGAAAAGAUCAACAAAUGAAGGACAUUAAUACCAAGGAUCCUUCAGCCAAAUUUUCAUCCUCGGAUACAGGUCUUAAGGUUGUUGAGAAAGCAAGCCUUGUUAACUCUGCUGACUCUCACACCAAAGGAAAUGAUAAUGGACAUAUUAAGGGACAGAACAGAAAUGAGACACAGAAGGCAGAUGCUACUACUGGUCUGUUUCCCGUGGAGAAUGGAGAUUGGGAGGAACAGGGAGAAAAUGGACAGGACGAACAGAAAAAAAAGGAAAAAUAUGUUAUGAAGGAAGUUGAAUCAUCUAACUCAUUUUCUCCAGAUUCUACCAAAAAGCAGGUUGCAUGUACGGGUGAUACAUGUUCAUUUAGCAGGAGAGCUCUUGGAGGGAGGGGUAAUGUUCUAUCUGAUGAUAAGCUAAAGCAUGUGAAGUCUAUCCGAUCAUCAUUAGACUCACCUAGGAGCCAUGGAUUGUUAAUUGAUAAUAAGUUGACAAGUAAAGUAAAGGAGAUUGGUGCUUUGAAAGAUGUGGAUACUGGUUCUAGAAGGUUUGUAACAGAUGGAGGAAAAGAUGCCACGCUUGCUUCUAGAGAUACAAGAAACAGCUUCUCUGAUGGCAAAGUCCAGCACUUGGAGCAUAAGAUAGAGAGGCUUGAGGGAGAGUUGAGAGAAGCUGCUGCGAUUGAGAUUGGGCUAUAUUCUGUUGUGGCUGAGCAUGGGAGUUCUGCGAGUAAAGUCCAUGCACCAGCUCGACGCGUUUCUAGACUGUAUCUUCAUGCUCUUAGAAAAUGUUCCCCUGCAAGGAUUGCUAGUGCAGCUAGAAGUGCUAUUUCAGGAUUAGUUUUGGUAGGAAAAGCAUGUGGAAAUGAUGUCCCCAGGUUAACCUUUUGGCUCUCGAAUUCCAUUGUACUGAGAGCAGUCAUCAGCCAAGCCAUUGAGGAAUCACAGCUUUCAAUUUCUGCUGGUCCACGUCUUGAAAAUAAUGGAGGUGGGAAGGGAAAUAACCAGAGAUCUUCUCCAUCGAAGUGGAAGGAGUCCUCUCCCAACACGAGGGAAAAGAAGUUUAGUUUGUCUGGAUGUUCUGAUGACUGGGAAAACCCACACACAUUUAUGUCUGUGUUGGAAAAAAUUGAAGCUUGGAUCUUCUCCCGAAUCAUUGAAUCUGUGUGGUGGCAGACUCUGACUCCACAUAUGCAGUCCAGUAUUGGGAAAGCUAAUGAUAAAAGUUUUAGUUCUAGCUUGAGGAAAAGCUAUGGGCGGAAAUCAAGUUUAAUUGAUCAAGAGCAAGGGAACUUAUCGGUAGAACUUUGGAAGAAGGCUUUCAAGGAUGCUUGUGAAAGGCUAUGUCCUAUUCGAGCUGGAGGACAUGAGUGUGGCUGCUUGCCUGUGCUAGCUAGAUUGGUAAUGGAACAAUGUGUGGCUAGAUUGGAUGUGGCUAUGUUCAAUGCUAUUCUUCGCGAAUCAGGUGAUGAGAUUCCAACAGAUCCUGUGUCCGACCCCAUUAGUGAUUCAAAGGUUCUUCCUAUCCCGGCUGGGAAGGCAAGCUUCGGUGCUGGUGCACAACUGAAAAAUGCUGUUGGGAGCUGGUCUAGAUGGCUAACCGACCUAUUUGGUAUAGAUGUUGAUGACUUGCCUGAAGGAGAGAAUGAACUUGAUGAUGAUGAUAGACAGGAAAAUGAGGCAUCCUUCAAGUCUUUCAAUCUACUUUAUGCAUUGAGUGAUCUCAUGAUGCUCCCAAAGGACUUGCUUUUAAAUAGCGCCAUCAGAAAAGAGGUAUGUCCUACAUUUGGUGCACCAUUGAUAUGGAGGGUUCUUAACAAUUUCGUCCCAGAUGAGUUUUGUCCGGACCCAAUUCCAGAUACUUUGUUUCAGGCUCUAGAUUCUGAGGAUGCUCUUGAGGCUGAGGGACAGUGUGUCCUAAACUUCCCAUGCACUGCAGCUCCAAUAAUGUAUUUGCCGCCUUCCCCAGCUUCACUUUCUGGUUUUAUAGGCGGGCGUGGAAGCCAAUCUCAGUUGCAAAGGAGUGCAUCUUCAGUGCUCCGGAAAUCUUACACUAGUGAUGAUGAGCUCGAAGAACUUGAUUCUCCUCUGGAUUCAAUCCUCGGCAGCUUCCGUGGUUCUCCUACUUCUACUGUACCCAUCUGGAAAUCGCAGAAGAAUGAUGUUCAUAAUGUUAUCAGGUAUCAACUCCUCCGGGAGGUUUGGAGGGAUAGUGAUUAGUUGUUCCUAUGCACCCCAACCCAGAAUUCCAUGUAUUAUUCUUUUCGACAAAUCUGUAAAUUGCAUGUAAAAUUU